AACACGAAGUCGAAUUCUGGGACGCCUUUAUAGCUUCGUUCUCGGCAUCUCCGGCGAUCGGAAGGAAGCAAACCUUAGGAUUUCCAAUUUUUUUGGGGGAUGGAUUUCGAGCUUAGGCGGGCGAGGGAGAAGCUAGAGAAAGAACAGAAAGAGAGGAAGGAGAGGGCGAGGCUGAAACUGGAAAGGGAGAAGAAAGCCAAAGAAGAGGCGAGGAGGCAACAAGAUGCAAUUGAAGCUGUUCAGAGAUCUAGGAGGCUCGACGCCAUUGAAGCUCAGCUCAAGGCUGAAGAACAAAUGCAAGAAAGUUUACUAGCAGGGGGAGGAAUAAUGUUUUCCUGCAUUCUAGAAGCUGUACAUUUCCAGGGUGUUGGAGAUAAGAUCAAAUUGCCUCCUCCCUGUUUUACAGAAUUGUCGAAUCAAGGUGCAUUUGAUAAAGGACCUCUGUACUUUCAGUUAUCAGUAGUUCAUCAAGAUGGAUAUUCUGAUGUAAAAGAUAGUGAAAAGGGAAAUAUGAGGACCACCCAUUCAGGUGUUUUGGAAUUUACUGCAGAUGAAGGUUUGGUUGGGCUUCCUCCACAUGUAUGGAGUAAUUUAUUCCCAACUGAUUCUCCAAUAGCUCCCCUAGUUGAGGUUCGGUAUGUUCGACUCUCAAGAGGAACAUAUGCAAAGCUUCAGCCCGAUGGAGUUGGCUUUUCUGACUUGCCUAAUCACAAGGCUAUCCUUGAAACAAGCCUUCGUCAGCAUGCUACUCUUUCAGAAGAUGAUAUUCUCACAGUAAAAUAUGGGGAGUUGACAUACAGGUUACGAGUUUUGGAGUUAAAACCCUCUUCAAGCAUUUCUGUCUUGGAAACUGAUAUUGAGGUGGAUAUAGUCAGUCCUGAUGCACAAUCAGAGAGCUCAAGUGAAUAUGUUUUGAUACCUCUUACUUUGGAACUCCAGAAUCUGGAUUGGUUGAGGAAGGAAAUUAUGUCUACUAUAAGUUCUCAAUUGAUGAUAGUACAUCUGAAAAGAUCGCUUCUGAUCAUGUAAAAAUUGAAGUAAAGAUAGAUGCAGAAAUGAAUGGUGGAGAUACUGAUCUUUAUGUUUCCAAGCAUCCCCUUAUAUUCCCAAACAGACACCAACAUAAAUGGUCUUCACAUGAUGUGGGUUCAAAGACCUUGAUCCUUGGCUCCAAGGAUAAGAGCUUGGGUGCAGGUACUUAUAGCAUUGCUGUCUAUGGCUUCAAGGGAACAACCAAGUACCAGGUAUUAGUGAAUAUUCAAGAGAACAGCAACCAAAAGGUGGGUCAACAAGCUGGAUCAUUGUCAACUAUGGAAAUCGAUACUGUGGAGUGUCGUAAUUGCAGGCAUUCUAUACCAAGCAGGAGUAUAGCACUGCAUGAAGCCUUCUGUAGCAGACACAAUACUGUUUGUCAGCAUACUGGUUGUGGAAUUGUUCUUAGGAUUGAGGAGGCCAAAAACCAUGCACACUGUGAUAAAUGUGGCCAUGCUUUGCAACUUGGAGAGUUAGAGAAGCACAUGAAAGUGUUUCAUGAGCCACUUAGUUGCCCUUGUGGAAUAGUCCUCGAGAAGGAAGAAAUGGUGAAACACCAAGCCUCUUAUUGCGCGCUACGCCUAAUUACAUGCCGAUUUUGUGGAGACAUGGUUCAAGCUGGCAGCUCUCCCAUGGAUGUGAGGGACAGAUUGAGAGGGCUAUCAGAGCAUGAGAGCAUUUGUGGGUCACGGACAGCUCCAUGUGAUUCCUGUGGGCGUUCUGUAAUGUUAAAGGACAUGGACAUCCACCAUAUUGCUGUACAUCAGAAGAACUAAACUCUGUUACUUCCCAGUUUAAAUUCACUGCCUAUACCAGUUCGUGUGGCUUGUAUUACUCACCUACAUUCAAAAAUUGAUGAUAUUCUGCUCUUUAAUUCACAUCAGUGCACAAAGUGAAGGAAUUAUUGGGGGUGGCAAGUGGCUACUUGGCAGUUGCAAAAGUCCUAUAAAGUUGAUGAUUUAUUAACAAUUGGGCAUUUGACAAAGGCAACAUACAAAAUGUUUAUCAAGUGAAUCCCCCAUUAAUUCCCCUGGCAUGUUUAUGUACAUUGUAAUGCUUGUGCAUGUGCUUCAUUUCGUUUUACACCUCUCUAAUUACUUAUAUGGACUGUUUAGUUCCGUAGGUCGUGUGUUCGAUUCCCAUGAAACUCAUUUUUCUCCUAUCUAAAAACAAUAGGUAUGGUGUUUGAAAAUAGUAAUUUGUAAAUUACUUUUAUAAGUAAUAUUUAAAUAAUUAUAAUUAUGUGAGUAUUUUUAAUAUGGGUCUUAAUAAAAUGUAUUUAUUAUA